AUGUCUAAAGAAGAAUACCCGAUGAUGUCUGAUGUCGACAAAAUUGUGGAUAAAGUUCUUUGUCUAAAACGGAAAUACAUUGGAGAAAUCGGAGGAAAUCGGUGUGUUCUUGACCACACGGAAAUCAUGUUCAUUAAUGCUACAAAGGAAAUGUGCGACAUACUUGUAUUAUUCUACAAACGAAAGGAUGUGAAUCCGUUUGAUAUAAUACAAUUUUCACAUUAUGUUCACAAAUUGUUAGCACUGUGUAUUGGAUGUAACGAGAAGAAAGAAAUCUUUGAUAUCGUCGAUUUCAUGCUCAUCAUAACAAAGAUGAUUGAAAACUACGUUUCAUUAAAACGGAAAUUGAUUGAAAAACAGGUUUCAGACCACUUGUUACGAUCUGCAGAUGAUAUUUCAACAAUAGAAGAGGGAUAUUAUUUCAAUUGA